AGUAACCCUCCGCGAGCGUUUGUGGGUAAUGGAGUCUUUCAAUGGCGUGUCUGCUUGGCGCUUACUAGGCGAAGAACUACAGAUCCCGCUUGUCUUCACUGCAGCGUGUUUUUGUGUGGACGAGGUGAAACGUACUUCGCUUUGCUUUUCUAUGCUAGCAGUUAGAGCAGUUACACUCGUGUCUGUGAGCGGUGCUUCACAGAUAGUGGACGUCAAGACACGGCUACCAUACGUCACGGUGCAGAAUGUCCACAACGGUUUGAACAGCCUACGAUCACAACGGCAUCUGGCGGAACAGUUUCAGCAGCGACUGAUGGAGUUUCCAGAAGAUUUUAACCAGCUCGAGCUUCUCGACACACACGGACACCUGAUCCCCCGAGGGUCUGGCAGCGUGUGGACCGGAAGCAAGGACGAUGAAGAAGAGCCAGAGGAGAGGGAGCACAGUGAGGAGUGGUAUCUGGAAAAGGAGGAAGCUCUCAAAGAUGAACCCAACGAGCUCAUUCUGUGGGCGGCGGAAAACAAUCGCCUUGCCACAGUCCACAGUUUGUUAGCUGCUGAUCCUUCGCUGGUGCACUGCUGUGAUGAAGAUGGUUACACUCCCCUGCACCGUGCAGCAUACAGCGGUCACAUCGAAGUCGUCUGUGCUCUGCUUGCCGGCGGCUCUAAGGUCAACCCCCGCACCAUCGACGGCUGGACUCCCCUUCACAGCGCUUGCCGCUGGAGCCGCGUUUCUGUGGCGAGUUGUCUCCUGCAGCACGGAGCGGAACUGAACGCCCAGACCAACGGUGGACUCACACCAUUACAUCUCGCUGCUUCAUACACAAGCUUCUCAAAAACAGACUCCAGACACACCUUAGAGCUGCUGCUCUCUCAGCGCCAUCUGAAGCCGGGGCUCCGCAGCAGCAGCGGGGAGACUGCCGGAGAGGUGGCUCGACGUAGUGGGCCCCAUCACUUUAUGUUUGAGAUGGUGGAAGACUAUGUGAAUGUGGUGCCCAUCUCAUGAACAAAAGCACAGGCCCACACAGGCUUUCACAUUAGUAUUGAUGUCUUGCUCAUGGUCAGGUUUCCGUUUGAAGCAACAUAAUAAACGUGAAUGUCAAAUCUCCAAUUCAUCUUCUUUACAAUUAGACUGAAAGUUUCUUCUCUUUUAUACUGCAAUAGACCACAGGUUAAAAAAAGGUCUCUUUAAACUUGAAAUUGCAGGAUUUCUGAGGAGCUGAAAAGAUGCUGUGAUAAGAUUCAAGCUGUGUUUCUGAGUGCCAAUUGUUCAGUGACAUUUAGAUAUUAGAAAUUCAAAGCAUUAUAUAUGAGUAGUUAUUUUAGUAUCUACCUGUUAACUAAAAGUCUUUUUCAACCUUGAAAGGUUUUCUUUGGAUUUGUGUAGGGCCUAACUUUUACACUCAUUAGCCACUUUAUUUGUUGCUCGAGUAGGCUCUGGCACUCAAACGAUGCUCACUUGGUACUAUGGUGCCCAAAAUGUGCCAAGUAAAUAUAACCCACACCAUUACAACACCACUACUAGCCUGAAACACUGAUUAAAGGUAGGAUGGAUGAGACUUAUCAGAUCAGGCAAUGUUUUUUUAUUUUCUAUGGUCCAGUUAUAGUGAACUUGUUGUGUAGCCUCAAUUUCCUGUUCUUAGCUGACAGAGAUGGCAUCCAGGUUGGUCUUCUGCUGCUAUAGCCCAUCUGCUUUAAGGUUUGACAUGUUUUAAGAGAUGCCUUUCUGCAUAACUUGGUUGUAACUUAUGCUUAUUAGUGAAUAUUCAUACUGAUCUUCUUUUGGCCUCUGACAGUGGAUUUAUGUCUGUGCUUGUAUGGCUAAACCUCAGUGCAGUGUUUGAUACUGUUGAGAAUAUUUUAUUAUAGAAAUUAGAGCAUGCCAUAGAUACUGCACUGCUGUGAUUUGAAUCAUAUCUAAUAAACUCUAAUGUGUUAAUGUAAA